AUGUAGCCCAGAGCAUGAUUGGUAUUUAUCUCCCUUCGGUAUAGCUCUCCCGAAUACUUGUCGUCUGUUUCAAGAUGGCGGCUCCGGCAAGGGCAUUUGUUACUGCAGUAAGACCUCAUAUACCAGCAAUAAAGUUUCGUUAUGGAACAAACGUUCCAUCAACAGGAGCUACCGAUUCAUCAUUACAACCUAGACAGGCAGCCAUAUCUACUCCCUCUUCCUCAGCAGCACCAGCUGGUAAAUCUAUAGGCAAUACACCCAAAGGCUUUGGUAUAGAGGACAAGGACCUUCCCAGUCGCUACCAUAGGAAACCGCUAACAGAAGAAGAAAUGGAGUUCAUACAGAGAGGAGGACCUGUCUAGUGAAGUGUGCCAUAGAAAAGAGUAACAUUUAUAGUGAUCAGCAAUCAUUGACAAAGCAACAGAUGAGUGAAAGAUGAAUGUAGGAUAAAGUACAUGUACAAAGGAACAUUUGGUGAUAUAAAGUGACCGUUUUAUUUUGCGACUCGGAUGCUUUAUAUAUUAAAGGAAGUCACAAAAGUUUUAGUAUUUCUACUUCUUCAAAUAUUUACUGAGCCAGAUGUUAUGAUAAAUAUUAAAGCAGUGGACUGUGUAAUAAUUAAAUAGGUGUUAAUUAUAUGUAAUCUGUUGAUUGAAUGAUGUUUAAAAAUUGGGAAACAGAGAUGAAAUUCCAAAAUAUUUACAAUACAUUGGUGCCUUACAGAUCAGCAGGGUAUGCGUCACCAUCAUCAGAUUCUCCCCAAACAUGGAGCAGGAUUAGUGUACUGGUUCUGUACAUAGUGUAAUAUGCCUGUACAGAUAACGUUGAAAGCAUGUGCCAGGUUUUUAUAUAGUCAUGGAAAUGAAUUAAUAAAAAUUUGUAUUUGA